AUGGUUGUGAUAGAGACAGUAGUUGUUGUUGUUGUGGUAGAGGCAGUAGAUGCCAUUGUUCCGGUAGAGGCUGUAGUAGAGGCAGUAGCUGUUGUGGUAGAGGCAGCAGUUGUUGUUGUGGUAGAGGCAGUAGCAUUUGUUGUUGUGGUAGAGGUAGCAUUUGUUGUGGUAGAGACAGUAGUUUUUGUGGUAGAGGCAGUAGUUGUUGUGGUAGAGGUAGCACUUGUUGUUGUGGUAGAGGCAUCAGUUGUUAUAGUUGUGGUGGAGGCAGUAGUCGUUGUCGUGGAAGAGCCAGUAGUUGUUGUGGUAGAGGUAGCACUUGUUAUAGCUGUGACAAAGGCAGUAGUUGAUGUUGUGGUAGAGGUAGCAAUCGUUAUUGUUGUGGUAGAGGAAACAGUUGCUGUUGUGGUAGAUGUAGCAGCUGUUGUUGUGGUAGAUGUAGCAGUUGUUGUGUUAGAGGUAGCAGUUGUUGUUGUGGUAGAGGCAGUAGUUGUGGCUGCAGUUGUUGUGGUAGAGGUAGCAGUUGAUGUAGUUGUGGUGGAGGCAGUAGUAGUUGUUGUGGUAGAGGCAGUUGUUGUUGUGGUAGAGGCAGCAGUUGUUAUAGUUGUGGUAGAGGUAGCAGUUGUUGUUGUGGUAGAGGUAGCAGUUGUUGUGGUAGAGGCAGUAAUUGUUGUGGUGGCGGCAGUAGUUGUUGUAGGGGCAGUAAUUGAUAUUGUUGUGGUAGAGGUAGCAGUUGUUGUGGUUGAGGCAGUAGUUGUUGUUGUGGAGGCAGUAAUUGUUGUUGUGGUAGAGGCAGAAAUUGUUAUUGUUGUGAUAGAGGCAGUAAUUGUUAUUGUUGUGGCAGAGGUAUCAGUUGUUAUCGUUGUGGUGGAGGCAGCAGAUGUUGUUGUGGUAGAGGCAGUAGUUGUUGUGGUAGAGGUAGUAGUUGUUAUUUCUAUGGUAGAGUCAGUAGUCGUUGUUAUUGCUGUGGUAGAGUCAGUAAUGGCCGAUGUUGCGGUGGAGGGAGUUGUUAAUAUUGAUGUAGAAGUAUAA